UGUUCUAUAUUUUUAUUAAACGCGUCAAAUGUGACCAUUAAAUGCUGCGUUCGGGCUUUUGAAAGAGUUUAUUUCUGUGUUUUUGUGUCGUGGGAGUGUUCAGAAGCUCCUCAGUGGUGGAAAGUUGGUUUGUUUUGACUUGAGGAAGCGCCGGUGGAAUGAGUGAGCUGGCGUCGCAGCAUCAGAAGCGCUGAGCGGACGGUGGUGUGUCUGUCUGUCACGGUCAUCCCCUCACUCUGCUGCCGUCUGUUUACCUGAAGCUGGACUGAAGAGCCGACGAGCCCGGCGGGGUGAUGGUGUAGUAGCACCACCAUCAUCAUCACAAUGUACCACUCUGAGCGGCGGCCACCUGCCACCGGACACCUGUAGCGUCCAGCGGCGGCGGCAUGGCGAACACGAUCCGGGAGCGGAGCGAGCACCGCGGAGGUAUGCCUGUAGGAGCCAUAGUGGAGAAUGGCUCGGCGGGCCAAAAACCAAGUGCCACUGACCUCUCCACCAACCAGCAGCCCAGCUCCACCUCACAGGUGCUGCCCAUGUACAAGCCGCCCUACUCCUGCACCCCCAUCUACUUAAGCAGCCCCCACAAAAGCCCGUCAGACUUGGAUCCAGACAGCCACAGUUUGACUUCUCAGGACUCUGGAAUCCCAACACUGGAGGUCCAUCCCCCGAAUCACAGCCCCCCACAGCCUAGCAAUGGAAACCUCAUCACCGAAGACUCUCCUGCCACCUUAGCGCUGGACGACGACCCAUCCAACAGCACCGUACGCAGGUCUUCCACCUUCCCCCGCAGCGGCUACGACACCAUUCGCCUCUUUAGCCCCACCCUUCGCUUAAACACCCCAGGGUUCAGCGUUGGGGGCGGAGCCUUAAACCGCAGCGACGACGUCUCUAUGUGCAGCGUGUCGAGCAUGAGCACAGAACUGUCGGUCUCCAACGAAGACAUUUUGGACUUCACCGUCACUUCAGACUCCAGCGCCAUCGUCACCUUGGAGACGGACGAAAGCGGCACGGCCCACUUCUCGGACGUGACGUUGUCUUCGUCGCCUGGAGCUCCGGCAGACCUUUGGAGCCCUUGGCGGCUGCGCUCGGGGUCAGCGGUCAAGCCACAGGAGGAUGGGCGGCCGAAGAAGCUGGGACCACUCAUCAGCUUAUUCAACAGGAGCGUGUUUACCAAAAAGGUGAAGGACAGUCCGUCUGUGGAGCAGAAGGAUCCCGGUUGGAAGCUGUUUGGAAAAGUUCCUCUGCGGGAAGUCCCUGUGAAAGACCCAAAGAAAAUACAAAAGGAAUAUGAAACGAGGAGUGGCAAACCUGGACCUGCUAACUCCCCCUCUCCCAGGCAGAGUGUGAGGAAAAACCUGGACUUUGAGCCGCUCUCCACCACCGCGCUGAUCCUGGAGGACAGACCAGCUAACCUUCCAGCCAAGCCUGCAGAGGAGGCCCAGAAGCACAGGCAGCAGUAUGAGGAGAUGGUGGCCCAGGCCAAGAAAAGAGAGUUAAAAGAAGCUCAGAGGAGGAAGAAGCAGCUGGAGGAUCGGUGCAAGCAUGAGGAGAGCAUCGGCAACGCUGCCCAAAUCUGGAACCAGGAGAUCCUCCCCAACUGGAGUACAAUGUGUACGUCCCGCCGGGUGAGGGACCUGUGGUGGCAGGGCAUCCCCCCCAGUGUCAGAGGGAAAGUGUGGAGCCUGGCGGUGGGGAACGAUCUGAACAUCACUCACGAGCUCUACAGCAUCUGCCUCUCUCGGGCCAGAGAGAAAUGGAGGACGACGGCGGCCCCAAGCACAGACCCAGAACCUGAAGACGCUUUGGGUUCUUCAGACCGGGAGUCCAGCCUGGAGCUGAUCAAACUGGACAUCUCCAGGACUUUCCCCCAGCUGUGCAUCUUCCAGCAGGGCGGGCCCUACCAUGACGUGCUGCACAGCAUUCUGGGAGCCUACACGUGUUACCGUCCAGACGUGGGCUACGUGCAGGGAAUGUCGUUCAUCGCCGCGGUGCUCAUCCUGAACCUGGACACGGCCGACGCCUUCAUAGCUUUUGCCAACCUGCUGAACAAGCCCUGUCAGAUGGCCUUCUUCAGAGUGGACCACAGCCUUAUGUUGACGUACUUUGCAGCAUUUGAAGUGUUCUUUGAAGAAAAUCUACCAAAGCUCUUUGCACAUUUCAAGAAGAACAACUUGACCCCUGAUAUUUAUUUAAUCGACUGGAUCUUCACGCUGUACAGUAAGUCGCUGCCUCUGGACCUGGCCUGCCGGGUGUGGGACGUGUUCUGCCGGGACGGCGAGGAGUUCCUGUUCCGCACGGCGCUGGGCGUGCUGCGCCUCUACCAGGAUGUGCUGACCUGCAUGGACUUCAUCCACAUGGCUCAGUUCCUCACCCGGCUGCCGGACCUCAUCCCUGCAGAGGAGCUCUUCCAGCACAUCGCUGCGGUGCACAUGAGCAGCCGCAACAGGAAGUGGGCGCAGGUCCUGCAGGUGUUGACGGAGCAGAAGAGAUCAGGAGCCAGACAGUCCGGAGCCGAAGCCCUUAGCUGAGGAACGACCCCCCCCCCUCACCUUUCAGGAAAGCCCGCCAUGCUGGACAGACCUGAACCAGACCCCCCCUUCCCCUUCUGCUGGGAGACAAAAGCAGCUGCUCGGACUAGAACCAGCACUCAGGUGAAGGUCUGGCAGCGCCAAUGGAAUUUGAGGCCUUACUGACCCCCCCCCGCCCCCACCCUGUAACCCCACCUUUGAAUGGAAGGUGAAGCUGGGAACGAUGAAGAACGUAACGACCCUCAUUCACCAGAUCUGAUCUGAGCGGGUCGGCUUCAACCGCAGGAAACGAUGUGGGUCGCUGCACCACCCCACCACCCGUUCUCCUCCCUUCUUUUCAUAGGAACUCGUGAUGACGGAGAAGCGUCCUCCUCAAGCUUCAGCCUGCGAUUCUUAGGUUCUUGAACACGAACUUCCCGUUUCCUCUAGAGGGUUUGAACUAACCUGAUUUCUCUGAGUGAAGUUCACGUUUUAAAACUCAUUCAUCAAAUAUGGAGGAAACCUUUUUAAAAGUCUCUCAACUUCAAAAUAUGUUUGUUCAGCAGCACAUGGAUUAUUAUUAUUUUUAAAUGUUUUGGUGUUGUGAACGUCUGUCAUCUAAUUAUUUAAUAUUUAUCAAAGUCUGGAGGAGGCAGACAGUUGGAGGUUCUGGUUCUCCUCGGGGUGUGAAGGUAAAAGAAGUGACCUCCUUUUUAUUUGCUUCUUUGCUUGAUUGCACUUUGUAGACGCUCGUCUCUGCAAAACUAAAAAGUUCCUUCAAACUUCAGUGUCCCAAAAGCGAGUAGAAAUCAGUUUGGAGACGGUUGCUGGUUCUCGCCAUCACCUCGCAUCUUUAAUGAAGCGUUUUCAGCUGGAGGGUGUCAGGCUGGUGACCUGCAGUACAAACCUGGUCGCCUGCAGACUCCGCGGCUGAACGUGGAAUGUUUGUUCGCCUCUCGUCCUCUCCUCUCAGUCUUUUAUUUCCUUUCCAUCAGGGUGAAUCUGCAGGAACAAGUGAAGUUUGUGUCUUGGCAGUUUUCCAGAGCGAGCAGCAGACUGAGCACCCCCUCCCCUAAACUCCUCCGCUGCGGUUCCUCGCCGCAGAGCUGCAAUAAGAGCGUUUUGCACAAAGCCGUGUCUCGCAUCGCUUCACCUCAUGGCUGGUGGUUUGGAGCGGGUUGUUGGCUUUCCAUCUCCUGUCUUUUCCUUUAGUGAUUGUUGUGCUGAAGUUGCUCUGUCAGUGUGUGUGCGGUUAAUUUAGGUUUUCACAGAGAUGUCAGUUACUGUUACACCAAAAGACGGGCUGGUGAUGAAGGAGCAGCUCCAAACUUUUAUCGCUGAUUUUCUGGAUGUUUUGAUUUCCAAUUGUCUGCCUGUUUGAUUGUUCAGAGACCCGGGAGCUGUGGAGGGCGGAGAGAGGGUCCUCAUGCAAUUUGAUCUCACUUGAAAUGUGUACAUAUAUGAUAGUUUUAAUAAAAUUAAAUGCUGUACAUAUUUAACCUGGA